AUGGCGGACUCCGAAUUGCCCGUUCGCCCCAAGCCCGAGGAAACCCCCGCGGCCGCCCCCGCCGAAGGAGCUGAAAAGGGUCCCAGCAAGAGUGCCUUGAAGAAGGCCGCAAAGGAAAAGGCCAAGGCCGAGAAGGCUGCGGCUCGUGCGGCCCAGGAGAAGGCUCAAGCUGCUGCUGCUGAAGCCAACGAUACCGCCAAGGGCCUGUACGGCCAGCUCCCCGAAUCCGAAGAUGUCGUUCCKUCUACGAAGUUCUCCGAGCUCGGCGAGGACCACUAUGAGAAGGAGGUCACCGUGGUGGCUCGUGUGGACAAUGCGCGUGUUCAGAGUGCUAAACUUGCUUUCCUGAUGCUGAGGCAGCAGGGAAAGAAGGUGCAGGCUGUCAUUGCGGCUGCGGAGCCCAUCUCGAGACAGAUGGUCAAGUAUACGGGCGGGCUGAACGUCAACUCCAUCAUCCAGGUUACCGGCAUCGUCAAGAAGCCUGCCAUCCCUAUCUCCUCGGCUACCCUUAGCAACCUUGAAAUCCACAUUCAGAAAGUCUACAUGAUCUCAGAGGCCCCCCAGAUGCUUCCUAUGCAGGUUAAGGAUGCCGAGAGACCGCCGCCAGAGACGACUGAGGAGGGCAAUCUGGUCGACGCAGAGGGUGCUCCUAUUGUAACUCUCAAGACUCGUCUAGACAACCGCGUUCUUGAUCUACAAACGGAAACUAGCCAGGCCAUUACUUGGAUUUCGAGUGGUGUUGCGGAGCUGUUUGCAGAGUACAUGAUCAAGAGCGGGUCGAGGUGGAUUUUCACGCCCAAGCUGGUCGGUGCCGCCACAGAGGGUGGCAGCAAUGUGUUUGAGGUCAAAUAUUUCAAGCGCAACGCCUAUUUGGCGCAGAGCCCCCAGCUGUACAAGCAGAUGUGCAUUGCGGGUGACAUGGAGAGCGUCUUCGAGAUCGCCCCUGUCUUCCGUGCUGAGGAGAGUAACACACACAGACAUCUGACCGAGUUCGCCGGUCUCGAUUUCGAGAUGACAUUCCGCAGCCACUACCACGAGGUCUUGGAGUUUGCCGAAAACCUCCUCGUCUUCAUUCUCACCCAACUCAAGGAGCGUUACAAGGAUCAGAUUGCCAUUAUCCAGAAGUCGUACCCCAAGGCUGGCGACUUCAAGCUUCCCAAGGAUGGCAAGGCUCUGAGACUUAACUACAUGGACGGUGUGGCUCUGCUCAAGGAAGCCGGUGUCGAUGUUUCUGAGCAGGAGCGAUUCGAGAACGAUUUGACGACCGCGAUGGAGAAGCAUCUGGGCCAGAUCAUCCGCGACAAGUACGACACUGAUUUCUACGUGCUGGACAAGUUCCCUAUGGCCGUCCGGCCUUUCUACACCAAGGCCUGCCCCCAGGACCCCAAGUUCUCCAACUCUUAUGAUUUCUUCAUGCGUGGUGAGGAGAUCAUGUCCGGAGCGCAGCGUAUCAAUGACAUCAAGGAACUCGAGGAGUCGAUGAUCGCCAAGGGGCUCGAUCCCAAGCACGAGGGCUUCGAAGAUUACCUGGCUGCUUUCCGCCAGGGCUGUCCUCCCCACGCGGGUGGUGGUUUGGGCCUGAAUCGUAUUGUCAUGUUCUUCCUGGGCCUGCCGAACGUCCGUUUGGCAAGUCUGUUCCCUCGUGAUCCCCAGCGCCUGCGCCCUUGA